AUGACAUUUUUAUCAAAUAUUUUAAAUUUAAUAAUAAUUAUAAAUAUUUCAUUAUUAUUAAAAGGAAAUUUAUUCAUUGAUGAAACAAAAAACAACCAAUAUAAUUAUAAUGUUUUAAUUAGAACUAAGAGAAAAGAAUCAAAUAAAAGUUUGAAUAAAAGUUCAAAUAUUAUAGCAUCAUUAAUCAGAAGUCAUUUUAAAAGUUUUGAAAAUGGAAUUGAACCUUGGGAUUGGUUUAAUAGUUUUUUUGAAUAA